AUGUUCUAUAUAACGCCCACCCAGGCUCUGGAGAAGUUUGCAGAGAACUCUUCUGCCAACCGGUUCAGGCUGGGCGGGCUUGUGAAGGAGGGCAGUGUGCGCAUUCCUGCUGGAAGUAUUGAGAUGGAGUUUGUUGUCACUGACCUUGCAACCGAUAUUUUGGUCCGGUUCAGGGGUGCUCUGCCUGAUCUGUUCAGGGAGGGCCAUUCAGUGGUGGCGGAGGGCUUCCUGCGCCCCCUGAGCGAAGCCAACACCGCUGCCUUCACUGGCAGCAGCAUCGCCAGUGCCAGCAGCAGCAGUGGAUUUUCUGGGAGAGGGGCGACUGUAUUAGGGGUUGCAGAGGCGGAGGGUGCUGUAGUGGAGAGGGGGAUUGGGGAGGGGGGAGCGAGAGGGGAGGGUGGGGGUGUGGGGGAGAAGGGGGUGGGGGAGUGGGAGGAGGGGGAGGAUGUGAGUGCGAGUGCGCGGAGUGUGGGGUACUUCUUUGCUGCGACUGAAGUGCUGGCAAAGCAUGAUGAGAAAUACAUGUCCAAGGAGGUGGCAGCAGCUCUGGAGAAGAACCUGUGGGAUAAAUACAUGCCCAAGGAGGUGGCAGCAGCUCUGGAGAAGAACAGAGCAGCAAUUGAGGCAGCAGGGGAAGGUGACGACACGAGUGAUGGGGAGGGGGAAGGGAAGGACGACGGGGAAAGAAGUGUGGGGGAGGCACAAAAAGGAAACAAGUCAUCGGUUGGAAGUGGUGGUGGUGCUGCUGGUACUGCUGCGCUUGGGAUGGGGGAUGGUGCGAAGAAGCCUGGGAAGCUGAGCAAGCUUGGACAAUCACCUAGUGUUGCUCAGGGAUAUGACAUUCCUUCCUAA